AUUAUGGCCUGGUUGGGUUAGGUUUGCUUGGAAAUUUUUGUUAGAAAUCUUGUAUUUUAGUAUAAUAUAUGUUGUGCUACUUAUUUUAGAUUAGUAAUAUAAUUAUCUCAUAAAGUAGCGGUGAUACUGGUGCCAACAAGUGUUUGUUUUGACUACAUUUUGUGGCGAAAAUGAAUCGUCAUGAAGGAGUCAGCUGUGACUCCUGUUUGAAAAACAAUUUCAGAGGUCGACGGUACAAAUGUUUGAUUUGCAUCGACUAUGACUUGUGCGCUGCAUGCUACGAGUCUGGCGCCACCACUAAUCAACACACGACGGAGCACCCCAUGCAAUGCAUUCUUUCCAGAAGUGACUUUGAUUUAUAUUAUGGAGGUGAAGCACUCGCCCUGGAGCAACCUCAAGCAUACACAUGUCCAUUCUGCAAUCGUAUGGGUUUCACGGACACGGCACUUAUAGAACAUGUUACUGCAGAGCAUGCAGACACAACACUGGCUUUUAAUCUGUUUCAGGUGGUGUGCCCCGUGUGCGCUUCCAUGCCGGGCGGCGAACCUAACUUUGUAACCGACGACUUUGCCGGUCACCUCACACUCGAGCAUAGAACCGGUCCUAGGGACCUCAUCUCAUUUUUGGAUGAGCCGAGUGGCAUCCGGCACGGUGGCGUUCGUCGCAUGCCGCACAGCAACCGCGGCGUCAGUCGCGCGCGGCGCACCAAUAUGCAGUUCAGCACGGGCGGGGGCAUAUCGUCGCUGUCGCCGUCGUCGCGCGACGCGGUCGUGGACCCGAUCGCGGAGCUGCUGUCGCAGCUGUCGGGCGUGCGGCGCGGCGCGGGCCAGCCCGGCACGCCCAGCCAGUUGCAGCAGUUGCAAAUGCAGCUACAACUUGAACGUCAGCAGGCUACGGCGGCUCGGCAGCAAUUAGAGCGACUGCCACGCAGACCAGCGGCGUCAUCGUCAUCAGGCGGCGCCACGACCGUGCCGCCGCCCGCGCCCCAGCCCGCGCAGCAGCCCCCGCCACCACAGGAAACAACUGAAUCCCAAUUUCUACUAUCUGGUUUCUUAGGUACAGGAUCGACAAGCGCCCCGGACAGCGCGGAGGCGGAAUCGCGCGCGGCGCUGUUGCGCGGGCUGAUGCUGGCGUCUCUAGGGCGGCCGGCGCCGCAGACGCGCGCCCCCCCGCCCGCGCCGCGCGCCCCCCCGCAGCCCGCGCCGCAGCCCGAGCAGCCCCUCACCGCCACUGCACCCCCCGCUGCUGCGCAACCGUUACCACGCGCUAAACCACAACCGCGCACCAAGGAAGCAGCGGCGCGUGCGCACGCCGCCGCGCGACAACUGCCAGAGGGCAGGUAGGAACGCGUCGCGGCAAGCUCUCGCCCGCGGCCCGCCCCCGCCGGCGCGAGCGCCUCCGGGCCGGCCGCCCUCCUUCCGCGGCGCGGGAGGGCCCAGCGCUGGCGCCCGCUCUUCCCGCCCACGCCCCGUUAGCAGCGCUGAUGUCGAGCCCACACUGAUAUGACCAGCCACUUUGUGACUUGCCUUGGAGCCUAGGUCGUUCGUGACAAGCGCCUGUCGAUCGGUAUAGGUGUGAGAAAUCUCCAGUGAUACAAGUCGCACUAUUGUCGCACCCGACGCUAGCCGAUGCCUCACCGCCGUGUAUAGACAGCGGUAGAAAAAAGUAUUUACUGUUUACUCGUUAGAUAAUACGGUAGUCUAUUGUAAUAUUAUUUAUCCAGCCGCGACCUCGAUUCUGAGCGAUUCCGGUAAUAUUGCACUUUAAGGGGUAAAGUUUGUGGCCGUCGUCAAUGUUGUUAGUGAGCAUCAGUUGUACAUAUGGAGCCACCGAGGCUCCGACCGGUGAUGCGCCCUUUACUGGACUUAAUAUUGUUUUACGCUAACACUUAGUCUUAUUAGUAUGCUUAUGUUUGUUUUGUUGGCUUUCGAAAUAUCAGUGUGAUUUCCUUUAUAGUAGUAAUGAUUUAACUAUUUUUAACUAAAUAUGGAAUGUAAACAUUUUAAAACUGUAUGAUUAUGCUGAUUUCUUAUUGCUUAAGCAAGGGGAACUUCAUUUUUAACUUUUAUAAUAUUAACAUUGAAUUAUAAUUCGCGUAUUUAAAUAAAUGGCUAUAUUUAUGUGGAUUGGUGUUUUGAUGUUACAGCACUGGUGACAACAACAGCACCAACAGAUGGGUUCCCCAAUAAAUGUUUUAUUUGUGUAUCUCCCUCUAAAUUGUAUAUGUAUUAUACAGGUGUUUAAAAUACUACUCACAAAUUUUUACCUGCUACUCAAAAGUGCUUAUUAGUUAUUAUACAUUAGGUUGAUUUCACAGCUGUGCGUACAGUCCGUACGGACUGUCCGCCAGCGAGCCAUCCGCAUGCGUAGAAUCCGCAGUUCUCUGAAUCGAGUAUUUAAUUUAGUGCGGAUAUUCACAAAAGACAGUCGCUUACAAUAAACGCACGGGUGGCUUGUGCGGAGUUCACGCGGAGCAAUCUGCGUCACUGUAAAAAGAUGUUCUAAAGCACGUGUUACUCCGCUCUGGUGCUCCGCGCGGACGGUCCGCAGAUAAAUCCGCACUGCUCUGAAACCAGCCUUACAAAACGUUUAUAUGU